AUGGCUCUCAGCUUCUUCGGUGGUGGAGGUGCGAGUCACCUAAAAUACUUCGAUAUCCGUCUGGAUGAAGAUUAUAUUGUAUUUAGAGGAGGAGAGCAAGAGGCAGCCAGUGCGCAAUUGAGUGGGAAGCUUCUCCUCUGUUUGUCGGAGCCGCUGUCCGCCAAACAUGUCAGACUGAACCUCACUGGUAUCUCUCGAGUAUGUUGGCACCUCCCAUCAAGCUCGGCCAGCGGUGGCAGAAAAUCGUGGAGGGAAAAGGUGUUCUAUGAAAAGUCCUGGACAUUCAGAGACGCGGGCAAAAGCAAGACUGAGAUACUCGCUGCGGGCAACUAUGAGUUCCCAUUCCAUGUGAUUCUCGAAGGCUCCAUGCCAGAGAGUGUCGAGGGUCUCAGCGACACCUACGUGACCUACAGAUUCAAGGCGGAAAUCGGACGCAAGUAUGCCAAGGAUAUUGUUGUCAGGAAACCACUGCGUAUUAUUCGUACGCUGGACUCCAGUGCACUUGAACUCUCUCAUGCUAUGUCCGUGGAGAACAUUUGGCCCAACAAAAUCGAGUAUUCAAUCAGCACUCCAACCAAGGCCGUUAUUUUCGGGACAAGCAUACGGGUGGACUUCAAACUGAUUCCCCUCCUCAAAGGACUCAAGAUCGGACAGAUCGUCUCCCAGCUAAUCGAAAGUCAUGACCUAACACUUAACCCUGAAGACCCCGACUCUGUCCGCAACACAUACAAAAACACGAGGACGAUCGUCAACGAUGAACAUGAGUUGGAUGAGGAAAACAGUCUCGAGAUUAUUGACGAGGCAGCUGAGGGAUACCAGUUUUCUCGCUUCCUUGACCUACCAAAGACGUUAGCACGCUGUCUGCAAGAUACCGACACACGAGGUAUCAAAAUCAGACACAAAUUGAAGUUCCGUGUCCAGUUACUGAAUCCAGACGGUCACAUCAGCGAGCUACGGGCUACCCUCCCCGUUUCCAUCUUCAUCUCGCCAAACCUGGCAAUUGACGACAACAACAACCUCGUCGACCAGACACCACAAUCCGCUCAACGGGCAGUCAACGACAUCGCACAACAAGCACCCCCCUUGUACGGCGAGCAUCAGUUCGAUCAAUUGUAUAGCGAGGUCGACCCUAGCGGCUACCGGACCCCGGGACCGGGCAGCGGACCGGGAACUCCGUUUGGUACUCUGAGCCGGAAUUUGUCUUCCGAGAAUCUUGCAUCGAUGAAUGCCUUGACCAACACCGAUAUCUCUGCUUCUGCCUUGCAUAGUCGACUGUCCAACUUGCAUGCUAGCAGGUUCAGCAACCCCUCGCCGUCUGAUACUGACGGCCAUACCGACGCCGAACACCGUCGCCUGGGAGUCUCAGCCGACUACUUUGGCCCCUCUUCUGGUUCCAAUUCGCACAGUCCCGCGAGUCCCGAACUUUCCCGCAGACCUUCCGACGAGGGCUAUCACGACCAUGACCACAUUCCGUCUGGAAUGGCCACACCGUUUCACCCACAGUUCGCUGAAGUUGAAAGCCUCAGUCGCGUCCCAAGCUAUUCGACGGCGGUCAGGUCUACUGUGGGUCCAUGCGACAGUGAACUGCCAGAUUAUCAGGCUGUUGUUGCCGAGGAUACCGCCAUGCCUACCCUCCAGUCCCCUCAACAAGCCCACAUCCGGAACGCCGGCCGUGGAGCCUCGACGGGAAACACCGGCAUCGAUGUCCAUCACCUACGUUCCGGCCUCUUCAACUCUCGGACUUCAGCUCAUCAUGACGAUGACGAUCGCAGACUGCGUCUUGUUCAAGCUCGCGCUCGGGUUUAA